AUGGAAUCGAUCUCGGAUCCGCCCCCUCCCUACUCCGAGUCCCCAAUAUCAAACACUCCCGAACAAGAAACUUUACCUCCAACUACCCUCAUCCUAUCAAACAAGUCCAUCCACACGGAAACCGCCCCCUCAACGCCCCUCUACCAAGUAUCCCAAGACAUAUCAUCUCUACCCCAAAAGUUCACAUCAGUAAAAUUCGAACGGCUAGAAACGAGCACACCAUUAAAACCCGAAAGCAAAUCUACGGAACCAGAGAAGAAGCAUAUAUUCUACCUUGCUCACCCGGCGCAUGCACAGUACCGGAAAGAUGUUCCCGCUUAUUACAUUACGUCUGUUUCCCCUGGGUCUCUGGGUAAUAUUCGCUUUGAGGUGAGUAAGUCGCGGUUUCAGAAGAUCGACUUCAGGGCGCUUCUUAGUCCGAGGAAGACAAUGGAGGAUAAGCCGUUGUUUUGUGAAGAUGUGGAGACAACUUUGUUCUCUGCGAAGAUGAAGUGGACUGGAGGUGGGUAUAGGUGGACCGAUGCUCGGGGUAUGGAGGUAGCGUUUGAGGGAGGGAAGGGUGAAGGAUCGAAGUUGGUUGUUACGGCAUCUAUGGACCAGGAUAUGAGGGAUGCGCUGAUUGCUUUGUGGGUUUUGAGGAUAUGCGGCAUGGUUGCCGCCCACGGCGUAUGGAAGAACGGAUUUAGGCCUCGCGAAGACGUCAGGAGCGUUGGGGGCUCUUGGUGCACUUGGUGGAGGUGGCGCUUGAUCGCAAACGGGUCUUGGUCGGAGAUCAUAAUAAAAAGAUUCAUGAGCUUCGUAUAA